GCAAUGCAGAAUCCACUAGGCCACAUGGUAGGAAUGUAGGCCAUUCCUUUUCCUUUUCCUUUUAGGACGUGGUAAAAGAAUUCUAGGCAUCUUCUUAGCUUCUCUUGAGAUUUUUAUGAGCAGCAUCCUUUUCUUAUAUAAUUACAAUCUCACCAUCCUGCCUUCUCUUUCUCAGCUCCCUUCUUUUUUCAAUGAUAUGAAUAAUUAGCAGAUUUAGAACCCUCCGAUCUUUAAUUAUCAAGCUGACUGAUGAUAUUAUCCGUUUGGGAAGAUAGGAAAAUCUGUGGAGAUUCUAGUUAUCAACCACAAGUCUAGUCUCUAGAUAUUUAAUUAUAUGAUGAUCUUAAGAGAUAAAGAAGAGUCUUCAUACAACACAAAGCAAGAACUAGGAGAACAAUCCACUAAGCAAAGUACACAAGCAUCAACUAGUACAAGUUCAAAACAAUGGUCAUCCGGGUUCAAAAACCCAAGAAUUGUAAGAGUUUCUAGAACAUUUGGAGGCAAAGAUAGACAUAGCAAAGUAUGCACCAUCAAAGGAUUGAGGGAUAGAAGGAUUCGACUCUCAGUACCUACGGCGAUUCAACUUUAUGAUCUACAAGAUAGGCUUGGGUUAAACCAACCUAGUAAAGUAGUUGAUUGGUUACUUGAUACUACUAAAAAUGAUAUUGAUAAACUCCCUCCUUUGCCCAUUAUACCGGGAACAUUUACUUCUCAAGGGUAUGGAUCACUCCCUUUUCAUGCUUCUUCAUCUCAAUAUUUUGAUACAAGUUUGUUAUCUUCUACGAAAAAUGUUGGUCAUCAUGAUCAACCUAAUAUCCCGCUCGAAAACAGGGACUGGGUUAGGAAAAAUGUUGGUAUAAACAUAAAUUCAAGUAAUCAAGAUGAUUUGGAUAGUGUUGUGGAUGAAGAUGAUGGAUCAAUUGUGGGUAAAUUGAAGUAUUGGGAUCCUAAUGGGAUUAUGAGAUCUAAACAAAAAGAAGUAGGUCAUGAUCAAGAAGGUAGUUCACAAGUUUUGGCUCAAAACUUGUUCCCUAUUUCAAGUAAUACUAAUAAUAGUAGUAUGUUACCUUCUCAAAAUAGUAAUCCUUCCUUUUUGGGUAAUAAUCCUAUGUUAAACUAUUACCAUUUGGAACCUUCAAACUUGUCUUUGAGUCAAUUAGGAAGCCUUGGACUAGUCCAUUAUUCUAAUUCUCAUAGGGAUAAUCAUACUCAAACAAGUUUGGGCUUAACUCAACCAUCUUCAUUAUCUCUUUCUUCUAUGUCUCAAUUGUAUCUUCGUCCUUCCAUGCCAACCUCUUCAUAUUUUCCUCAUAAUAAUCAUGAUCAUCAUCAUCAUAUUGGUUCUUUUAUGAAUAAUAAUAAUAAUAAUAAUAAUAAUAAUAAUAAUAAUAAUAAUAAUAAUAAUAAUAAUAAUAAUAAUAAUAAUAAUAAUAAUAAUAAUGAUACAUUCUCUUCCUCUUUCCAUGGCGCAAGUGGGAUGGAAAUGAAACCCUUUCCUUUGAGUAUGAAUCAUAACCCUCAUUUGCAACAAAGUGAUGAAGAAGAUUACCAUAGGAAGAGUAAUCAUAGUGUUUGGAAGGAAUCCUCACGGAAUUGAAUUCCUCAAUGCAGGAGAGGUCGGUUUUGGGCAUGUGCAAUAUGUCUAACUGCACAUAACCCUUAAAAAUAAAGGGUUUUGCAUAUUAAAUGAUACAUUAUACACUCGAGAUUUAUAUCAUAUAUAGAGCAGAUGGUCAAAGGUUUUGAUUUAAAAAUAGGGAACCUCAAAUAGAGUGUACAUGGCAUAAAGUUAUUUUGUCGAUUUUUGCUCUGCCCUUGGCCCAAUGAAGAUGAUUGAUGAACACAAGACUAGCUACAACUUAUGCAAAAGAUUAGUAAGUUUGAUGUAUGAAGAUUUGAGGCAAAUCCUAUGCUGCAAUAAGUUCUUAAUACAAGUAAGUUUUAUAUUUGAUCAUUGUAAACUUACAUUAAACUCUUGUAGUAGACAUGUUUCAAAAUGCUUAACACGAUAUAUAUAGAUGGAAUGAGUUUCUAUCUAGAAAUAUUAUAUCAUUAAUGAUAAUAAAAGAAAUCAUAAUUUCAUAUUUGAUUUUUUAAGAUUUUUUUUUUAUAACAAGAUUAAUUAUCAUGUCAAAAAAACAGCAUUCGCUAAAUUGUUUUAUCUUCUUAUAAUGUAAUGUAAUGAAGAGAUGGGGCCCACAACAUUUUAGGGAAAAACUCUAGUAAUAUUGACCAAAUGGGAUGUAGUAGGGUGCAAACGACCUACAUUUUUGUAUACUUGCUAGACUUUUAAAUAACCUAUAUGACCAUAUUAUUUUAAAAUCUCUUACAUAUUUAAAUUAUAUGGUGUAAAUUCAAACGAUAGAUAGAUGGUGUAAGUGUUUUUAUAUGUUUUUUUUUUUGAGUAUUAUGAAGUAACCUAUAGAAUCUUUUUUAAGUAACAAACAUUUUAAUUUUAAUUUUUUAAUUAUUUUUACAUUUUCGAUUUAAUAACUUUGGCAUCGUAUUUGUUAUAAUAAAGAUUUUGUUUUAUUUACCUUAAAUUAGAUGAAUCAAUGGAACU